AUGAAGACUCAAGUAUCGGCUGUAUCUCUGGCACUGUCUGUAGCGGCUCUGGUUACCACCAGCCAUGCCUUUGCCAGCAUUUCAUCGGGCAAUCUGAGGGCUGCUUCCUCGGUGGCAACCCCUCUGCACCUUCGAGAUAUACCUUCUUCGUCUACCAGUUUAAAUGCAGCGAUCAGAGACAGGGAAACUGCUUUGAAUGCUGUCUUGCUAGAAACUGAAGAAGUGGUAUCUGUGUCUUCUUCAGAGGUGGUCGACCUUUCCGUUCCAGAUGUCGCUGCUGAAGCUAUGGAACCACAAGAAGACGAGAAAGCCUAUCUCAAGGACGGAUUUGUCUUUGGAUUGGAGGGAUCUGGUUUGGAACGACCGCAGGGAAAAGUUGCCAAUAUUGUUGUGGAAGGAGAUUCGCUCGAAACACAAACCUACCAAGUAGCCAUGGUGGCGGGUACCUUUUUGGCACAUGCUGGUUUUGCGACUGUCAACUACAUGGAUCUGCUAGCAGCCAAUGGCGGCAACGUUGUCAUGGCAUCGGUACAGACAUUGGUUUUGCUGGUCGCCAGUUGGCUUCUCGCAGAUUUGGGAUCGGGUGUCUUGCACUGGUCUGUUGACAAUUACGGGAACGGCAAAACUCCCAUCAUGGGCGGUAUCAUUGCUGCCUUUCAGGGUCACCACUCGGCUCCAUGGACCAUUACCGAAAGAGGAUUUUGCAACAAUGUCUACAAAUUGUGUAUCCCCUUUGGAGUGGUCCCCAUGACCGUAAUCAACUUUCUGGCCGGGCCAGCUGUGACUCUGUUCUUCACAUUUUUCUGCGUCGCGGAGAUCAUGUCCCAGGAAUUCCACAAGUGGAGUCACAUGACGAAGGGACAAUGUCCCGCGUGGGUCAACACGUUGCAGUCCGUAGGAUUGACUGUUGGUCGAAAACCUCAUGCCCAGCAUCACUUGGCACCCUAUGAUGGAAAUUAUUGCAUCAUUUCUGGCAUCUGGAACAACGCCCUUGAUGAAUCUGGUAUCUUUCGAUGGAUGGAACACAUGAUUUACAACAUGAACGGAGUAGAAAGCAAUGCAUGGAAGCUCGAUGCGGAACUGCGAGAACGCACUCUUCGAGGAGAUUACGGCCUUCCGCCAACGGCUGCUUCCAAGAGUGCCUAA